CUUGGUUAACCUCCCUACCUUUCCCUCUUUGUUUCUCUCUCUCUCUCUCUCUGCCAAAGACUUUCGGCGCUAUAACUCAUAGUGCAUUUGCUCAGAAGUUCCGGUUAGUCGAUAUACGAUUCUUCGUCCACAGCGGGGCUACUCCAGUGGAGGCAGUGCUAGGCCUGUCGCUUGCAACGCCCGUAGAACGUCCGCACGCGUCGACACGCCACAAUGACUAGCUGUAGGAGGGCUGUGCUGCUGGCGCUUGGACUCUGGAAGAGGAUCCUCAUGGUUGCCAUUCCACUCUUGCUGCUGCCUCUGUUGUCCUUGGAAGACGGGAUGAAAUCUCGCUGCGCCUACGUAGUCGGCGUCGUGGGGCUAUACUGGAUCGCAGAGCCUAUCCCACUGGGAGCCACGUCCCUCAUCCCCAUCGUGCUGCUCCCGAUGCUCGGAGUACUCUCAACGGAGAGAACCUGCCAGUUGUACAUGAAUGACACAAACAUCAUGUUUGUAGGCACUUUGAUAAUGGCCAUCGCUAUUGAGCACUCGCAGUUACACCAAAGAAUCGCCCUCAGGACGCUCUGUCUGCUGGGAACCGGCAUAAAGACGCUGGUAUUCGGCCUGAUGUUCAUCUCCAUGUUCUUAUCAAUCUGGAUCAACAACGUGGCCAUCGCCGCCAUGAUGAUACCCGUGGUAGACUCACUGUUGCAGGAGCUGCUGCAUGAGGGGCGAAACAGCCCUUCGAUACCAGGCGAAGACGUCGAGGAAACACUAGGUCUGACUGAACGACAAGAAAAGAGUACUGUCGCCAACGCAAGCGCCAUCCUGUUUGCACACCAAGACAGCCAGAAGUCACCCGUGCUGAUAAUUCCUAUCCCUGCACCCGCCAAGGAAAGCCACGUCGAAGUGUCUGAGAAGCGCCGCAUUCGAGUGCUCCUCUACCUGAGCGUUAUCUACGGCGCCAACACGGGCGCAAUCACCACCAUCACGAGCGCUGCUUCCAAUGUCGUCUUCAAGUUCAUCAUUGAGGACUUGUACGCAGAACGGGCUCCGGUCGACUACGCGUUAUGGCUGUUCUUCGCCCUGCCGGCAACGAUUAUCAGCACGGCCAUUAUUUUCGUCACUGUACUGCCUGUGUUCUUCCGGUGUAAAAGGCCAAGCGUUGGCAAAGAAAGCAGCAGCUCUGCCAUGGAAGCUGUUCGGCGCAACUACGCGGCCCUCGGACCAAUGAGAUUCCACGAGGUGGCCGUCUUACUGCUGUUCACGCUGCUGGUUUUUCUCUGGCUAUUCCGGGACCCCAUGUUCGCCAGAGGCUGGGCGACAUUGUUUGGAUCGAUGAAACCGAAAGACGCCACUGCGGUCAUGAUCCCGGUUGUUCUGCUGUUCAUGAUUCCCGCUCAACCAUGGGAGGGAGCCAAGAGCCCCGGACUUGUCACAUGGCCUGUGGUGCAGGCAAAGCUGCAGUGGAGUGUCAUCCUGCUCAUCGGCAGUGGUUUUGCCAUGGCCGAAGCCAUGAGGGUCUCCGGUCUCUCCUUGCUCCUCGGUCAACAGCUCGGCCGCUUAUCCCACCUACCCGAAGGUGUGCUCAUGAUAUGUCUCAGCAUUCUGUGCUCGUUCAUGUCGGAGCUAGUCAGCAACGCCGGCACUGUCACGGUUCUGCUGCCCAUAUUUGCAGUUCUGGCUGAAGACCUGCACAUAAACCCCCUGCUCUUUAUGAUACCGGCCACCCUCACCAGCAACUUUGCCUUCAUGCUGCCAGUGGGGACUCCAGCGAAUGCCAUUGUUUACGAGCACGCGCGUCUGAAGGUGUCCGACAUGGUCCUUCCCGGUCUCCUAGUAAAGGCCAUCACAAUAUUCACAACCGUGGCCGUGACCUUCGUGCUCGGAGACCCGAUCUUCGGCAUGUUCAGCGAAGCGGACUGGGUGCUAUCCGUCGUCGCGGCCAAUAUCAGCGGCCCCACUACUUCCCCCGCACGUUAGCCACGACGUCGACAGCAUGUGCGGCUGCGACUCUGACGUUGCACAAGCAGAUGGCCCGCAGUGGUCGCACAGUGGCUAUGUCGUUCUGCUGCUGACCACGAGGUCACGGGUUCGAUUCAAAGACGCGGCGGCUCCAGUGUUGCUUUGGGAUGUUCAACUGUCCAAACCAAUCAAUCCAACAGCUGUUAGCACUAAAGGACGUUUGCUGCCAGCAGUGUUCGCCGCCCCGGCGAGGACGAUAUACAGAACUACAGGCGAAGUCUGCGUGCGCGAACUUGUGCCAUUGCGCAGCUCUGAUGAGAUUUGUGAUGACACUUGUUCACAGGUCGGGCUGACACUCUCGCCUGUGGUGUUGAUAAUAAAUGUUCACUUGUUAUGUA